GCGUGCUCACAAAAAGAUCUCAGUCACUAGGUCGAUACGUUUAAUGUUUUAAUUUACUUUUUGCUCUCUCAUCCAUCAAUUAAUUUAUCCAAUAUCCAUCUGCAGGGUGUGUCAUACUAUUUUUAAAGUAAUACCCUCUUUCAUUUUAUUAGUCACAUUCUGCUGCAGUAAACUCGCGCUAUUUCUUCUGAAAACAGUCAACUUUCCGUCUGUUCGGAUUAUUUGAGUGUAAAAAAAAAAAAAAUAAAAAAACCCGCGAAAAGGUGAAAUAUUCAAAUUUAAAUUAGUGCCGAAAAUGAAUAAAUAUUUAAAAAAUGUCCAUUAGUGGUGCAGUUUUGCGAAGGUAAACAGAACGUCAUAUAAAACAAAGACCUUGAUUGUACCUAAUUCGGUGCAAGUGGUAUUGCAUAAUAAUAAUAAGCUAGUACUGAAACCUUCAUUUAAUAUCAACAAGCUUGUCUUUCAUGUGCAGUUAACUUAUAAACAAUUUAAUUAAAUUAACAUCGAGUGAGUUAAUUAAACAUAUCACUGAGCUUCAAAUGUUCAUAUUAUAUAUUUACUAUAAAUCUAUCAGUGAAGCGGGAAAGUGUUUGGUUACUAAAAUAAAUAUCAUCUAAAUUCAAAUAUGAUCUCAGUAAUAUACGUAUCCUUGAUAUAUUUUUUGGCAUACUUAAAUAUAGUCGAUGGAAAAUGUACAUUGGCACCAUUAGAUACUGAACGUCAUGUACGCCAACCAAUAGCUUACGUUUGCAUCCAUGGUGAUUUAAGAGAUCUUAAUGAUGUACCAGAUAACGUAGAAUGGAUUGAAUUCACAGUUUCACAUUUGCAUUAUAUUCCGCCGGAUGCUUUCAAACGAUUUACAGAAUUGAAAAAGUUGACGUUUUAUAAUUGUGAGUUACGUGAAAUAAAUGAAGAUGCGUUUCGUGGAUUGAAUAACUUAGAAUGGCUGAUAAUGUCCAAUACAAAGAUGCAUGUUGCCCGUGCAUCGAUGUUCAAACAUAUAAGACAUUUGAAAUUACUAACGUUAGAUUCUGUCGGACUUAGUUACAUUGAACCAGAAGUAUUUCAAUUAUUGAGUCAAAAAUUGGAAUCACUUAAUUUGAGAAACAAUGAUUUGGAUUGUUUGCCAAUUGAUGUUUUGGCUGGGAUGAGUCGACUAAAAACUAUUCGUAUUGAUGACAAUCCAUGGCUCUGUGAUUGUCGGAGUGCAUUGGAAAAUUUGUUGGAAAAACAUAAAAUUAAACAUGAACAAGAGUCCAAUGAUUUGCGGAGUUUUGGGCGACAGAAAAGAUGGCAGAGUUCAGUAUCAUCAUCAUCAUCAUCAUCAUGGCAAUACAAUGAAACUUAUUCAGAACGUAACAGUCAUCGGGUUUAUGAUUGCAUGGCUGUUAUCAAAUACCCGCCAUUGCCUAAUGUAGAGAAACACAAUCAACAGUUUGAUAAAACUGAUGAUGUUUUUUAUCAAAACAAAAUUGAAUGGCGAGAAGCUACAGCAACAAGUGUUUCAUAUUUAGACCGGCUACCAGACGAAAUCGGAUGGAUUGAAAUAUUUGAUGUCCAUAUUCCGAUAUUGAAACGGUACACGUUUUUUAGAUUUGGCAAUAGUUUGAGAAGUAUAAUGUUGAAAAAUUGUGGGAUCAAAACAAUAGAACCCGAAGCAUUCGCUGGAUUACAUAAACUUGAACGUUUAGCAAUAUCGGGUGCGCAAUUAACGAUUGUUGCUAAUUACUGGUUCCAAGAUCUCACGCGAUUGACGGAUCUUAUUUUAGAACAUGAUUCGAUUGAAACUUUUGAAUUUGGGGCAUUUAAUCAUCUACGCAAUUUACGGCAAUUAGAUCUACGUUCUAAUAAAAUUAAUUGUUUGCCAUUAGAGAACCUUGAACAGUUACGAUUACUUCAACGUAUUGAGGCUAGUGAAAAUCCGUGGUACUGUUCUUGUAGGCAUAAUCUCGAAAGUUGGUUGAUAAGGAACCGGAUCGGUUAUGAAAUUAGCAACAGUCGUACUGCUGGAAGUGGUUGUAUUAAUGAAAAUGAUUCCACGGCAAUUAGACGACCCGUUAUAGAAAAUAACUAUUAUAAUUCAUCAUCAAUCGGACGAGUUCGUUGGAGUUGGGGGUAUGAAGUUCAUGCUCACAAACCAGUACAGCGACCUACAACACCAGCAGUUCCUGUUAUAAUUGAAACCACAUCCUCCCCAAUUGCUAAUUUAGGGGGUUGUCGUUCAGUGCCAUCCCAAUACUAUUAUCAUAACUCGCGUUAUAAUCAUCUUAAAGGUUUAACGUACGUCUGUACACAAGGAACACUAGUUGAUCUACAGAAAAUACCGUCAAAUAUUGAAACAAUAAUAAUAACAAAUUAUGUAUUACAUAAUUUACAAUAUGAUUUUUUACGUAAAUUCAAUGGUUACUUACGUAGACUUGAAAUACGUAAUUGUGAAAUAAAUACAAUACAUAAUGGUGCAUUUGCAAGUUUAUAUAAUCUCGAAAGUCUUAUUAUACGUGACAAUAAUAUUGAAACUGUUAAUUCUGAUUGGUUUGGACGUGAUAUGAGAAAUUUACGUCAUUUAGAUUUAUCGAAAAAUAAUAUUGCACGUAUUGAGAACAGUGUAUUUGAUUGUUUACCGUUUUUGACAAGUAUUGAUAUAUCGGAUAAUAGUAUGAAUUGUAUUGGAGUUGAACAACUUGAAAAAUUACGCCAUUUACGGGAAUUAAAUGUAACGGGUAAUCCAUGGACUUGUUUAUGUGCAACGCGACUACAACGUUUUAUCGAAGAUCGUUCUAUUUAUUGUCCAAAUGGUUGUUUGGAUUCAGUCUUGCACAAUAACGGCAUGUCUACUUGGGGGGGAUGUCACGUCGAUCGUCCCAAAAUUUCAACCCCGCCACCUGUACUGAUACCCCAGUCAACGACAAAUUAUCCCGACAUUCCAGUUCCCGAAAUUUAUACCAAUGUAACUGGUACUUGUUCGAAAACACACGAACGCACCCACUAUCGUUGCAGUAAUGGUGAUAAAUUUAUUAUAAACAAUAUACCAAGUUACGUCCGGUCAAUUGAAAUUUACGACAGCCAUAUUCCUUAUUUACCAGCUGGUAGUUUUUCACGUUUUACUAAUUUAACAGAGUUAACAAUACGUGGAUGUUCACUUAAUGACAUCGAUCCACGUGCAUUUCACGGUCUCCAUAAACUCGAGAAAUUAGUUAUUACCGACAAUAGGCUAACAGUAAUACGCAAUAGUUGGUUUCGUGAUUGUAAGUCGCUUUAUUGGUUAGAUUUGAGUAAAAAUAAUUUGAUGGAGAUACAAUCGGGUUCUUUUGAUAAUUUACACCAAUUACAGUAUCUCAAUAUUGAGGAAAAUGAUUUUCAAUGUAUUUAUACUGGUUACUUGACAGAACAGGAUCAAAAUUGGCGGCAAUUGCCAAGACUAAAGGUAUUAGAAUUUGGUAAAAAUCCACUUAAGUGGCGCUGUUAUCAGGAAUUACGUCAAUUUCUUGAAGUACGGGCUAUUGGAUAUACUUUUUACAAGUGUCCGCAUGACAGUAAAGCUUUAGUAAGAUCUUUAUUGAAUGAGGGCAAAGUUGGCGGCACUAGAGCAUCAAGUGCAGGACUUAGAAAAGGACUUAAUUUUAGCUUCUUAGUGGCCAUUGUUUUAUUUAUUAUUUAUUAAUUUAAGUAUGUAGAAUAAUUUGAGAUUUCAUUGGACUAAUAUGUGUUCGGAUAGUGUACCUGAUAAGAAACUUAACGCUUAGGUAGUAAUAUUAGGAACUUGAAGCCUAAAAUGCUACUUUUUAAAUUUUUCAAUAGGAAAUUUAAUUUAUUUAGGUGACUCAUUAACUUAUGGUAUUCCACCACGUGUUUAAAUUAAGUAAGUACCCUGGUGAAUCCGAAUUAAGGUAAAUUACCGCAUUUUGCCGUUAUUUACCGUAAAAUAUGGCGCUUCUACGGCAUAUUUGCCGCAUUUCACGGUAAUUUGCAGUAAUGUGCGGUAAUUUACGGCGAAUUACGGUAUAAUAUGGCAAUUUUCCGUAAUUUGUGGCGUUUUACCUUAGCACCGUAUACUUUUCUAUUUUCACAUAGCAAUACUUUACUUUACGGUAACAAACCGAUGAUACUGAAGUUAGCCGACGUCCUACAAUUUUUGUUUUUUUU